AUGCAUAGACGAGUAAAUAAACUAACGCGUAGCAGCGCCGCGCGAGCCGCAGCAGCAGCAGCAGCAGCAGCAGCAGCAGCAGCAAACUCUUCUGCUUUUGCUGCUGCUGCAGAGAAAGUGCCCCAGGCCAUUCGCCAGUGGUUUUGGAACGGCAGCGCCAUUUACGAAGACCUCAUUCCCUGCCUCAUGAAGAAACUCCGGCUCUUCUACAGAUGCCUCGCAGACAGCGAAGCUCGAAGACUAACUUUGGACAUUCGCAUGAUCGACUUCGCAAACACCAUUUACUUGCAGG